AUGUUGGCCCCUGCUCACCCGCCUUCCCUCUGGGGCACGGCUCUCGUGCUUCUGGUCUUGUACCCCCUUCUGCGCGCCCUCUACAAUGUCUACCUUCACCCUCUGUCCAAGAUCCCCGGGCCCCGCACCUGGUCGGCCACGCGACUGCCCUUCAUCCGCUCGCUCAUAAAGGGUACCAUCGUCCACGACAUCCAGAAACUACAUCGCCAGUACGGGCCCGUCCUGCGCAUCGCGCCCAACGAGGUCACGUUUGCGCAGCCCGAGGCAUGGGACGACAUCUUCCGCCCGCCCCAGGGGCAGCUCCUCAAAGACCCUGUCUGGUGGAGGCGCCCACCCGGCACGCCUGUGUCGCUCAUCAGCGCUAUCGAGCCCGACGAGCACGCCCGCAUCCGCAAGGCCCUGGCCCCUGGCUUCACGCGGCGCGCCCUCAAGAGCCAGGAACCCUUCAUCCAGCGUUUGGUCAACCUGCUUGUCAGCCGCCUGCACGAGCAGGUCCAGGCUCAGCCGUCGGGCCGCGCCGAGCUCGACAUUGCGCCCUGGUUCAACUUCACCACGUUUGACAUCUUUGGCGACCUAGGCUUUGGCGAGUCGUUUGACUGCCUCCAAGACUCGCGCCUGCACCCGUGGAUCGCCCUGCUUUUCAACAGCGUCAAGGCCGCCGCCUUCGUCUCGGCCACGCGCUUCUACCCGGCCGUCGCCUACGUGCUGAUGAAGUGCAUCCCGCCGUCGCUCAAGAAGAUGCAGCGCGACCACUUUCAACAGAUUGCCGACAAGGUCCAGCGCCGCCUCAACUACGAGAUGGAGCGAUCCGACAUUAUGGCCCAUGUCAUCAGAGACAAAGACGGCGGAGGGCUGUCGGUCGACGAGAUCAACGUCACCUUCACCGUGCUCACCACUGCCGGCAGCGAGACCACGGCCACGGUCCUCAGCGGCGCCACUAACUACCUCGUCCAACACGCCGACAAGCUCAAGAUGCUGGCGGCCGAGGUGCGCGCUGCCUUUCCGCGCGACAAGCACGACGACGGUAUGACUCUCGACGCGCUACGCGGCCUACCGUACCUCAACGCCGUCGUGUCCGAAGGGCUCAGGCUAUGCACCCCAAUCCCGUGGGUUCUCCCUCGACUAGUGCCCGCGGGGGGUAGCACCGUCUGCGGCGUCUGGCUUCCUGGCGGCACGCCCGUCUCGGUGCAGGCCUACGCCAUGAACCGCGACCCGGCCAACUUUUGCCGGCCGGAUGAGUUCCUUCCUGAGCGGUGGCUGCCUGAGGCCAGGACCGACGAGGAGUCCCCCUUCUUUGGUGACAGGCCCGAGGCAAUGCAGGCCUUUAGCCUCGGUGUGCGAUCAUGUAUGGGCCAACAUCUUGCGUUGGCUGAGAUGCGUCUGAUCCUGGCAAGGCUGGUGUGGAACUUUGACUUUGAUGCGCCCGAGGACAAGACAAGGUGGUUGAACUGGGAGGACCUUAGAACUUUCUUACUGGUUGAGAAACGGCCAAUCUAUGUAGGACUGAGGCUCCGGUCGGGUGAAUAA